AUGCAAGAAAAAGAAUUGAACAUUAGGAAAAUUCCGAGGUUGAAAGGCGGUUGGAAUGUAAGUCCAGAGGAAUACAAAGCUAUGGGAUAUACACCUGGCCUUCCUCCUGGCCUCGUUGCACCAACUAGCAAAUCUAUUAGAGAAAUUUCGAGUCUUUUUGAAAUAUGUGGAACAAAAAAUCAAUACAUUCAAUCUAAUGAAGAGAAAUUAUAUAUGGAAAAUACAAUAUUCGUUGAAAAUAGGCCAGAAGAUGCUGAUCCUCUACAAACAGUACAAUUUAUUGUAAAACAACUUAUGAAACAAGGAUCCUAUUCUUCUCCAGGAACUAUUCCUGACUUUUACUCAUACCAAAAUCAAGUUCGCGUCGUAAUUAUUUUUCCAUCCAAAACAGAUGCGGAAACUGUUAUGAAACUCGAUCAGCAAUUAGUUUUUAAUGGCACAAAAUUACAUUUUACUAGGCCAGAAGACUACCAUCAAAUUCCAAGAGCAAAUCCAUCAUUUUUAUUCGCCGAACAUCCACAGAGAGUUAUUAUUGUUAACGUUGAUACAUCCCAAUUACAUCAAUUACCUGAAUUCCUUCAACAUUUCUUUGAUUUUGAUGCGAUUUACCCUGUUGAUAAUAUGAAUGACUGUGUUUUAGUCGAUGUGAGGCCACCGAUGUCCCCAGAAGUUGCUUCAUCUAGGAUUAACGGGAAACAGUUCGGAGAUUACGUUUUAUCAUGUUCUGCGAUGAGAUCUGUUUAUGACCAAGAAAUUCCUGAUUAUCCAGGUUUGUUUAAUAUUCCAUGCGAAGGAUUAUCACUUCAACAGAUAUUGCAGCCAAAAACGAGGAUUACUUGUGGUGCAGAAACUUCCGAAAAAUGCGGAAAAUUCUUGUAUAUAAUGAAUUGUGUUCCUUUUGAAGUAAUUGAUAACAGGAAUUUAAAUGUUAUGGUAUCAUAUGACAUUGCUAAUGAACUUGGAAAGUAUGGAAAGGUUGUAAAGUGUACUUUAUCAAAGGAUCCAAAUAUUGGAUCAAUAAGAAAUUUUGGAGUUGCUGUUGUUGAGUUUGAAACGGAAGAAGACGCUUUAGAAGCACAAAUAUCUGUUGCAGGAAUGAAAUACAUGGGAAGAACAGUUAUAACAAUGUUAUCUGAAUGA